GGCCGCCCCUACCUGGGCGGUGCUGGGGGAGGCGGAGCCCGGAGGUGUGGCCCCGGGCGCCGGGAUAACAGCGCGGCCGAAGGCUGGCCGGGACCACGAGCGGGGGCGGGCGGUGGCCCCGCGAUGUCGCUAGUACUGCUGAGCCUGGCCGCGCUGUGCUGCGGUGCCAUGCCUCCGGAGCCGACGAUUCAGUGUGGCUCUGAACCCGGACCAUCUCCAGAAUGGAUGGUCUGACACACCCUGACCCCAGGAGACUUGAGGGAUCUCCGAGUGGAGCCUAUUAAAAGCAGUGUUGUGCUGGAGGACUAUUAAAUUUUGAUGAACAUAAGCUGGAUACUCCGGGCAGAUGCCAGCAUCCGCUUGUUGAAAGCCACCAAGAUCUGCGUGACGGGCAAAAGCCACUUCCAGUCCUUCAGCUGCGUCAGGUGCAAUUACACUGACGCCUUCCAGACUCAGACCAGACCCUCUGGUGGCAAAUGGACGUUUUCCUACAUUGGCUUUCCUGUAGAGCUGAACACGGUCUAUUUCGUUGGGGCCCAUAACAUCCCCAAUGCAAAUAUGAAUGAAGACGGCCCCUCCCUGGCUGUGAACUUCACCUCACCAGGCUGCCUGGACCACAUAAUGAAAUACAAAAAAAAGUGCAUCGAGGCAGGACGUCUGUGGGAUCCAAACAUCACUGCUUGUAAGAAGAAUGAGACCAUGAUAGAAGUGAACUUUACAACCAGUCGCCUUGGAAACAGAUAUAUGGCUCUCAUCCAUUCCACUGUAAUUGGGACUUCUUAUGUGUUGGAAAAGGAACUAACUCGAACUUCCAUGGUGGUUCAAGUGACUGGGGAACGUUAAGGUGCUGUGGUCCAGCUGACUCCGUAUUUCCAUACCUGUGGCAACGAGUGCAUCUGACGCAGAGCUGUGGGGCUUUGCCCACAAACGGGUGUCCAGUUCCCUCGGGAUCACAGCAGAGGUGUGUCGGGUGGACGGCUGCCUCUCCUCCUCUCGCUGGCUCUGCUGGUGGCCACGUGGGUGCUGGCGGCCGGGAUCUAUCUGACCUGGAGGCAUGAAAGGAUCAAGAAGACUUCCUUCUCUACCACCACACUACUGCCCAUUAAGGUUCUUGUGGUUUACCCAUCUGAAAUAUGUUUCCAUCACACAGUUUGUUACUUCACUGAAUUUCUUCAAAACCACUGCAGAAGUGAAGUCAUCCUUGAAAAAUGGCAGACAAAGAAAAUAGCCGAGAUGGGUCCCGUGCAGUGGCUUACCACUCAGAAGAAAGCCACGGAUAAGGUCAUUUUCCUUCUUUCCAAUGAUAACACCAUGUGUGAUGGUACCUGUGGCAAGAGGGGGGGCAGCCCCUGUGAGAACUCCCAAGACCUGUUCCCCCUCGCCUUUAACCUCUUCUGCAGCGAUCUGAGAAGCCAGACUCAUCUGCACAAAUACGUGGUGGUCUGUUUCACAGAGGAUACCAAAGACAACGACACUGCGCUCAGUGUCUGCCUCACAUACCGCCUCAUGAAGGAUGCUACAGCUUUCUGCACAGAGCUUCUCCAUGCCAAACGUGUGUCGAUGGGGAGAAGGGUGCACGCCUGCCACUACAGCUGCUCCUCCCUGUAGCCCAGCCACAAAGCAGGAGACCUUAAAGCCUUCCUACUGCUCCAAUUACAGGAGGAAAGCAUCUGUGAUGAUUCUGAAGUUUACCGUACGGGCUACUUGUAGGGAGGAUUACAGUUGAACCUUGAACAACCCAGGGGGUAGGGGUGCUGACCCCUGUGCAGUCGAAAAUUCACGUAUAACUUUACAGUCCACCAUCUGUAUCUGUGGUUCUGCAUCCGUGGAUUCAACCAACUGCAGACCUGUAGUAUGUAUUUAUUGCAAAAAUCUACAUAUAAGUGAAUCUGCCCAAACUUGUGUUGUUCAAGGGUCAACCAUAUGUAUACCUGCUUUAGCAAAAGGAAGUAAGGGAGGAUUCACAACUGAAUACAUACACCUUAGCCUAGUAAUUAAAAGUUUUUAUGCUAAUAAAAUUGUUACAAAUUUACUAACUACUAUGGCAUUAAAGAACAGAAACUGAAUUUAUAACUAUAAAGCUAAGUCAAUUUCACACCUAAAAAUCAAGAACACUUAUUAAACUAUAACCAUUCAGAUAAUCAAUGAUAAAGCAUCUCUCAGCCAAAUAUCCAGUCUUGAAUAGUCCAUGCUCUGCAGAGUAGGGAGAAUUGUUUAGCUCUAUAACUUUCUAAGUUUAAUUAAUGAAUGCCAAACCUAAGAGUCCUCACUAAUUCACUCAAUAACUUCUUAGGUGAAAAACCUUCUAUUACACACACAAGUCCUUAUUUCUAAGAUAACAAAAAUAGGGAAUAACAAGCUGAACCUGUCUUUGCUGACCAGAUGACCUACUCUAUGUGGAACCACUUGUAUACUUGGUAUUUGCAUAGGACCCUCCCUCUCAGAACUAGAUUCAUGUCCUAUCUGACUCUUGUACAGGUGACUUUUAACAUCAACAACAAAAUACAUCACUUGCAGAGCUGAUGUCUACUUCUGCCCGAAGUUACCUAUUAGAAGUCACUGUCAGAAUUCAGAGUUUUAUGGUUAUUACAUAACUUUCCAUGUUCAAAACAAAAAUAACUCCUAUGUUGAAGUUAGCCCUCUUGAAGUAAUUAAUCUUUUUAUAAAUGAAUUAUUGCACUGGUUUACUUAAAUA